UCAGGCGCGGGGCGGCCGCCGCGUUCCUCAGAGGCAGCGGGGCGGCGGGGCCGGUGCUUGGCGGUGCUGCUUGGGGCAGCGCGGUGCUCUCACGGCCCUCGGCUGCUGGGUGAGGCGGUUCCUGAGUUCUUGACGGGACCGCAGGCGUUGUGAGAGGACCGAGAGCCGUGAGCUCGCCGGGGGCUGCCUGGGGAAUGGUGCGGAGCCGCCUGUGAGGGGAGAUAGCCGAGAUACUGAGAGGGGCGCCUGCGGGGGCAGUGAGGAAAUGAAUCGAAGGCUGAUACUGAAGUUUGAAAAUCUGAUCCAUUUCCGUGAUGCUUGCAGACAGUUGCACACUCUUCCCUGCAGGGGAGUUUGCAGAGCACAAUGGAAGCCUGUACAGUCAUCUGUGUGUCCCACGCAGUCCGUCCAUCCAUAUCCACAGUGCUGGCAGAAGGGCAACUUGGUCAGAGUUGCCUCAUCACCAUGCAGAUAUCUAGCUACUAAAGAGGAGAAGAAAAAGGACAGAAGGAAGUUACCCAUGACCAAAGGGGAAGUGGAGAUAAGGCGGCAGAUGACUGUUGAGGAACUUGCAAGAGCAAUGGGUAAAGACAUAGAUCAUAUUUAUGAAGCCCUGCUGUACACAGAUAUUGACCUCAAUUCCCUAGAACCAGAUUCCAUUUUAUAUGAAGACUCUAUCAAGCUAAUUGUUAAAAAAUCAGGAAUGAAGUAUAAGUCAGCAAAACUGAGAGAGGAAAAAGAAAGAGAAAACAAAGAUGCAGUGAAACGACCUCCUGCAGAGCCAGCAUUCUUAACUCCACGGCCCCCAGUUGUUACUAUAAUGGGCCACGUUGAUCAUGGGAAAACAACUUUACUUGACAGCCUACGGAAGACUCAGGUGGCAGCCAUGGAAGCAGGAGGCAUCACACAACACAUUGGUGCUUUUCUUGUGCAUCUGCCUUCUGGGGAAAAGAUCACUUUCCUUGAUACUCCUGGGCAUGCAGCUUUUUCAGCCAUGCGAGCAAGAGGUACAUAUGUGACUGACAUCAUCAUCCUGGUUGUAGCAGCAGAGGAUGGAGUGAUGCAGCAAACUGUAGAAUCCAUUGAACAUGCUAAAAAUGCAGGAGUUCCUCUCGUCCUCGCCAUUAACAAGUGUGACAAACCUGAAGCUGAUCCUGAAAGAGUAAAGAAGGAAUUGCUGGCUUAUGAUGUGGUCUGUGAGGAGUUUGGAGGUGAUGUUCAGGCUGUAAAUAUUUCUGCACUCAAGGGUGACAACCUGACAGUUUUGGCAGAAGCAACUGUUGCUUUGGCUGAGAUGUUAGAACUGAAGGCAGAUUACACAGGUCUGGUAGAGGGGACCAUCAUUGAGUCUCGCAAAGACAAAGGGAAAGGUCCAGUUACCACAGCCAUCAUCCAGAGAGGAACUCUGAGGAAAGGCUGUGUUCUGGUUGCAGGGAAGACCUGGGCAAAAGUGCGUUUCAUGUUUGAUGAGAAUGGCAAAGCUGUAGAUGCAGCCUCUCCCAGCAUCCCAGUGGAAAUCAUGGGCUGGAAGGAAGUCCCUUCAGCAGGAGAUGAGAUCCUUGAAGUGGAAUCUGAGCAAAGGGCACAUGAAGUUGUGGCCUGGAGAACAUACGUUGAACAACAAGAGAAAAUGAAAAAGGACGGAGAAGUUAUCGAAGCUAAGCAAAAGGAACACAGAAUGGAAUAUGAGAAGAAGCAACAGAAUUUAGCCCAUUUGACCUGGAGACAGAGAAAGGCAGCCCUGUACAAGGCCAGCAAGCAUCUUAUGUUCUUAAAACCAAAAGAGAGAGUGGAAACGGACAAAAAUGUGCUGUCGAUAAUCAUUAAAGGUGAUGUGGAUGGAUCUGUGGAAGCUAUUCUGAAUGUUCUGGACAGCUACGAUGCAGAUGAUGAGUGUAAAUUGGAUGUCAUUCAUUUUGGAAUGGGAGAUAUCAGUGAAACUGAUCUAAGCCUUGCUGAAACAUUUAAUGGUGUUGUUUAUGGAUUCAGUGUGAAAGCAAAUGAAACUGUUAAAAAGAUGGCUGCUAAAAAGGGAAUAAAAAUUAAACUUCACAACAUCAUCUACAAACUUAUUGAGGAUUUGAAAGAUGAGCUGAGUAGCAGACUACCCCCAUCCGUGGUGGAAAAUACAAUAGGGGAAGCUUCUGUUCUUGACAUCUUCUCUGUAACAGUGGGAAAAAACAAAGUUUCAGUAGCUGGGUGCAGAGUACAGAAAGGGCAGCUGGACAAGAAGAUGAAAUUUAAGUUAAUCCGUAAAGGGAAUGUUAUUUGGAAAGGAUCUUUAUCAUCAUUGAAACACCAUAAAGAUGAUGUCCAAGUAAUAAAAACAGGUAUGGAUUGUGGAUUAAGUUUGGACAAGCAUAUAGAAUUCAAUAUUGGAGAUGAAAUCAUCUGUUAUGAAGAAAAAGAAAUUCAACAGACAACUUCCUGGAAUCCAGGGUUUUAAAACACAGUUGAAUACCUAACACUAAAGGUCGUGUCCUGUUCCUGCCUUGAACUCUUUUAACAUUAAAUGAACUUAAUUAUGGAAAAAACUCGUCUGUGUCCCUGUACCUGCUGCUUCUGUAUUGUUCCACUCUCAAACCUCAUCCACCAGCCAGCUUAUGUCCUUGGAACACAAGAUUACACUAAGGACGAGCACUUCAUGUUUAUGAAACAAGGUACAAGUAUUUCUGAUGCUUGUUUCUAGGUUUCUGAGCAGUCUUCUUCCCCCACAAUGGUACUGCACCAUUUUUCAGAACAUUGUCAGCUUUGUGUGGACUGCCCUCUGCCUCUAGCACAGAAAUGUGACUUCCAUUUUUUUUGUGUGUGUGUCCUAGUUUUCCUGGUGAGAACUGCAAUAGUACCAUCUGUCUUCUAAGUUCAUGUUUAAACAGGCCACUUACUUAGAAGUUUUUUCUCAUCUGUCAUUGCUACCCCAUCUUUCCUUAUAAAAUGCAAACUCUGCCCCUGCAAAAAACAAUUCCAGAACUAAUUUAUUCACAUUUUGCUGAUGCUAUGAAAAACAGAUCAAAAAUUACUAUCAGAUCUGACCAGAAAUGAGAAAAGAAUAUUUUGGUAAGCUUAGGAGUGUUUCUAUAAUGUGUAUUUCAUACACUGAAUCUUUAGUAGUACACAGAUGAGCCACACAAGUAGAGAUGCACAGGACUUUGGCCAUUGAAGUCUGCAGGAUUUCAUCUCAUUUUUUUUUUUUUUAAGAGACUUACCUUAAGGUAUAGAGUAAAAUUUCAAUUAAAAAAAACAGCAUUCUGCUCUUUUAAGAGCUAGUAUUUUCACACUGAUAUAUUACAUGUAGCAGAUACUAUAGCUCAAUAUUAAAUAUGAGUUAAAAAAUGACAAACCACCACCUUUGGUUAAUAAGUAGCCUAUAAAAAUGGUUUGUAUUACAUCUUCUCCAGUCACAAGUAUUACUCAAUGACUUAGACAGGAAAAUUUUUCUGGAAGAUAAUCUAGCAUUAUGAUAUUGCUGCAUUCUAGAGGUACAAAAAAUAUCUUAAUCAAAGGCACUCUUAAAGUUGGUGCUUCAGCUCCAGAUUUGAAAUGACUUCACUGGAGUUAAUAGUCGCAUCCAGAAUUUAAAACCCUUCUAGCUUAUCAGCGGAAAUACCAUGCAGAAAUAAAUCCUCACACAGUAGAGAACUUGAGAUUUUUAUUGUCUAGUACAUUUACUUGUCUUCAGGUUUAUUGAAGCAGUAUGUCAGACAGCACUUGCCACAAUAGUGCCUGUCGAAGUGGCUA